AUGGGAAUGCUGGUCCAAAAAGGUGCCGGCACAGCCACACUCCGCACCCUCAGCAUCCUCCUGAGCCUCCUGGUCCCUGCUCCUGCCACCCGCUCCCCCGACUGCGGGGGCAUCCUCACCCCCUCAGGACUGAGCUACUUUGCUGAAGUUUCCAAGCCUCAUGCAGAGAGAGUCCUCAGGCAGGACCUGAUGGCCCCGGCAGCCCCAGAGACAUUUCUUGGCUCCCCAAAGCCCAGCAGGAACCAAAUCAACUCCGUCAGCGUGGCCGAGCUGUCCCUGUCGCUCGUCCCCCACGCGGGGCUGCGGCUCAGCAUCGAUGCCGACCUCAGCAUCUCCCCCACCCCAUCCACCACCACGGUGACGCGACUGUCCAUCCUGGCUGACCUCCAUGUGGAGAUGAACCCUGAAGGGAACCUGGAGCUGGUGACCUCUGCCUGCAGACCCACCCUGGAGGGGUCGCAGAGCAUCGAGGAGAUAGCAAGCAAGUCCUCUGAUUCAGACCUGGACAAGGAGAUUAACAUUGAUAAGAUCUGCCUGGAAGUCUCCAAACUGCUGCUCCUGCCCAACGAGCGGCUGAUAUCCCUGUCGGCCCAGUUCCCCAUCACACCAAGCUGCCAGCUCCAGUAUUUACCACUGGCUGUGCCCAUGUUUUCUGAGCAGGGCAUCACCAUAUCCUUGCAAACAAUUUUCCAGGUGGCAGGGAUGGCAAUCCCCCUGCCAGUCAGCCCCAUGCCCUUCAGCAUGCCUGAGCCAGCGAGCUCCAGCCCUUCCCACCUCAUCCUGGCUUUCUCUGAACACUUCUACGCCAGCCUCUUCUUUGCCCUGGAAAUGUCUGGAACUUUCAACAUGACCCUCCUGAGCCCUCUGACCACCGCCACCCUGGCAGAGCACAUUCCCCAGGACGUGGCUGCAGGGCUGCUCCUCAGCGUCACGGACACCAGGAUGAUGGUCACUGCAGCAGGGGCAGAGGAUGUUGAGCUCAGCCUGGCUGCCUCCAACGUGGGCCCCGUGCCGGCUGCCCUACUGGAGCAGUUAUUUUUGCCCACAAUCCGUGAGGAGGUUCCAGCUCAGCUGAACGCUGUCCUGAGUGAAGGUGUGUUCCUGCCCCACAUCUUCAGCUUCACCUACACCAACUUCAACGUCACGAUUCACAGGGACUACGUCUUGGUCUCCUGCAACCUCAAGUUCCAGGAGCAGCCUGGGGGAACUCCCCACCCACCUGUUUUAGCUGGUGCUGGGGCCACUGGAGUGGGGAGUCCCAUCACCACGCAGGAGCAUUGUUUCCCCCUGGGGACAGGCCAGGUUCCUGUCACCAGCAGCUGA